AACAACCGCACCUUUAAGAAUGUUCUUCCUUAAUUUACCCAAAUAGGCGUUACCUGAUUCAAAGACUAACACGAAGCUGCUGUUCGGUGAGCGAGGACAAACAAUCCCUCCUCAAACAGAUUGUCUACAGGAGAACAUUUUCCUAAAGACAAUGUUGAAAGGAAUAACAGAAAACAUUAAGGAGGGAUUUCUGUCAAUAGCUGAACAUUAUGCCGUGGACCUCAGUGCAGUAGCAAGUUUUGUAAAGUGUAAUUGCAGCUCAACAAUCCCCCUUGCGAAACCAAACAAUUGUAGUCUGAGAAUCUGUGGGCAGGAUGGCACAGUCUAUGCUGGGGAUGAAGAGCAGCUUGAAGCCUGGAAAGAUUUCUAUCUGCCAGAAAGAAAGGAGAUGGAGGUAAUUGGUGCCAUUGAUUACUUCCCAUGUGAUGCCUUUGGCCUGCAGUUGGUGCUCUUGUUGUGUGAGGAUGGAAAGGUUUAUGCUUACGAGGAUGAAGUUUUGCACCUUGUAGCCAAGAAUCUGAAAGAGCUGCUUCAGGAUGGAAUGGUUUUUCCUGCACAUGAGACCUUCAAGCUUGGGGAAUAUUUAGAACUGACUGAUGAAGAAUACAGUGAAAUAAUGGAAAGUGAAGACAUCAAAGCAAUAAAGGCAGAACACCAAAAGUUUAGAGAAUCUUUGGAGCUUGAAUUGCUGGAAAGCCUCAAUGAGAUCAAACAGAGUCGACAUGACCCCCCUGAUGUGCAAAAGAAAAGGGGACCGGAGGAUUUAACAGGCACCAAACAAAGUAAAGAAAAGUAUACAUCAUGCAAACACAGUGUGGUUAAUGGAAAGAACACCUGUACCAUGCAAUGCUGUUAUUGAAGGGGAAUCAAUCUGUAGUGGUGUUGUAUCAGUUAAAAUUUGAAACUGUACACUUGCUGAUACCUUAUUUCUUAAACUUUUAAAUAAUUCUGUAAGAUUUUUUGUUUAUAUAAGUAUACAUAUUCUUUUUCUAUUAUAUUCUUGAGGUUGCAAAUAGCACUUUAUUGAUAUGCUUAAGAAAAAUUACAGUUAGUUUACUGAGCUACAAAAGAUUAUUCCAUUAACUGAAUAAAUAUUGUAAUCAGUUGCUAAAAGGUAUAGAUUUAUCUCACUAAUGUCAUCAGCUGCUAAAAUUACAUUUCUUAUGGCUGUAAAAAACUAUCACAGUCAUUUUAUGAUUGAACUGUACAGAUUACUCAAAUGAAAAACUACCUCCUAAACAUUGAAUAAUUUGGAAAAUGAUGAAAAUGUAGUAAUAACAAGAGGAUCACAAGACUUAAAAUUUUGUCAUUAAUUUCCCUUGUCUCUUUCAACACAUGAAUCACCCGAGGCUCUCGAAUUUAAUAAAAAACAUCUUAAUUUGUGUACCGAAGACAGUGGUGGCACGUGACUGCUCUUCCGAGGAGCACAAAAAAGUGUUAUGUGUGUUGCUCGUGUUUACAAAAUUUUGAGGGCACACCGAUGCAAAGUUCGUCACAACAUGUAUGUGGGCCGUUAUGUGUGUGGUUUGUAAUUUCAAAAUAUCGGCACGUCGAGUGAACCUAUGUGCAUCAGGUGUCUUGUUAAAAUAAGUGCCUGCUGCACACGCGUCAAAACCAUUUAUGAUAAAAGAGACGCUCACGUUCAGAAAAUACAAGACACUCCAUUAACAGUAAACUCUGAUUACGCAUGAGAUUAUGGGAGUAUCUGGCAAACGCGAACGUCUCUUUUAUCAUAAACCCUUUAGACGCGUCUGCAGCAGGCACUUAUUUUAACAAGACACCUGAUGCACAUAGGUUCACUCGACGUGCCGAUAUUUUGAAAUAUCAAACCACACACAUAACGGCCUACAUACAUGUUGUGACGAACUUUGCAUCGGUGCGCCCUCGAAAAUAGAAGUCACCGGCCGCCACUGACCGAAGAUGAGGAAAGGUCUUUCGGUUGGUUAACAACAUGAGGGUGAGGUAUUAAUGACAAAACUUUCAUUCUUGAUAUAAAGCUUAAAGGAUUUUUAUGUACUAGAAGUUUUUUCACAUAACAUGUUUACAUAUGAGGAAGUCUGAUGCAAAAGCCAACUUCGUCAAAAAUGAAGUAAUGAUAUUAACCGUAUGCUCUCUGCAUGUAGCCUAUUAUACGUAUAUCAAAUCUUUUUGUUUCAAAUAGGCUACGCUUAAUCCCAGCCUUGGGGGCUGAUCACACCCAACACGCUUUAAACUCUUUUAUAAAAAAGAGCAGUGCGACGCGUCUUUUUAUAUUGCUAGGCAACCACCGAGUCAGCUGUCUUGUCAAUCAAAUAUUAAAACGUGAGCGCUCUUUUGCUGUUAACUGUCAUAUUAGCAGACACUUCAUAUUAGCAGACACUUCAUAUUAGCAGGUUACUCGUGUUACUCUAUUUUGUGAUAAAUGAACACUUCUUAUUUACUUCUUACGUUCUGUGUUAUUAUUAACUGUGCCGCUCACCACGUUCCUGCGAUGUUAGAUCAGAAAUAUCUUGUCUGCAAGUGUUCAUUUAUCACAAAACAGAGUAACACGAGUAACCAACUCAUUUAAAUUUCAGUAAUUGUAACUGCGUUAUUUGAUUUAAAAAAAAUAAUUUGUUACAUGCUCAUUACCGCUAAAAGUAGUGGAAUUACAGUAACGGAAUUACUUUGUAAUGCGUUACUCCCAUCACUGUUUUUAACACGAAAUAACGCCUUAAAUGGCAUGACACACAAAAUGUGUAAAAAAUGAACACAUCAUUUUUUGCAGUGUAGAAUAUCAUUCAAAAAAGGCGCCUGCAACUGCCAUAAACGCGUUUGGUGUGAUCAGCCCCUUAGGAUGUUCAGAAAUACUGGUUUUGGUGUAAAAAAGUUUUUUUCGUUGAAAAAAGUAUUUACAUGAAAAACACAUCAGAAGCACCUAUAGGGUUUUCCAGCACUGUCGUUGAUUGUUGAGAUUGAACAGUAUUAAAAAUCAAGUGAAUGUAAAUGUUUGGGUAAUUUUGUAAAUGCAGUUAUUAUUGUGUACUUGCAAACAUGUUAUGUGAAAUACUUUGUUCAGUGCAGUACUACAUUCAAAACAAACACAAACCUUCAUCAUCCUUAAUUCCUCUAUUUUUUCUGCAUUUUCAUCAUUUUCCAGAUUCUGCAAGGCGUAUGUAAAUUUUGACCACAAAUGUAUGCAUGUACAGGAAACCCAUUUUAAAAUGUUUUAUUUGUACCAAAUUCAAUUAAAUGUGCACACAAAAAUUGCCCAAUUUACCCUUAUAUCAUUUCAACCCAAGUAUGACUUUCUUACAAACAGCACAAUAUGGAUUGGAUGAAACUCUGACGAAUGUCUUUGCUGAUACAAUAUAAGUCAGUGUUGUCCAAAACAUUGUUACAUUUAUGCUUGAAUGAUUUGGACACUAUUGACUUUAAUAGUGACUUUAUUGACAUUAAUUGGCUUUAUGGACAAAGUCAGCAUUUUGUCAUUUAGUCAUUCUUCAAAAUUUUCUGCAGAAAGAAAGAAAGAAAGUCAUAUGGGCUUGAAAGUACAUGAGAGUAAGUACAGUAAAGGAUGACAGAAUUUUAUUUUUCUUCUUCAUUUUACUGACACACUUUGUCAAAGCAUUGUCUUAUGUUAAAUAUGGCUUCACUAGUCAAACUCUACCAACCAUGUUUUUGGCAGAUUGAUAAAAAUUUUUAUUUGCAUAGUUGAACUACAAAUAUAGUUAAACUAGGGUUGCUUGUGGCUUCUGUGAUUAAUUGUUUUCUUGUCAAUUCUCUGGUGUCUGUGUCUGUCAAAAAAAAAAUAUAUAUAUAUAGAUGUGUGUGUGUGUGUGUGUGUGUGAAAUCAGAGCUCAGAGAGACUGUGGUAGAAGACCAUGUUAUAAAACUGGUUUUCUGUAAUUAUGGGAAUACAUAACAAUGAAAUAUGACAUAAGAGUAUUGUUCAACCAUUAAGAGCACAAUUAAUGACAUUAACAACAUCUGUGUUUUACUAUGUGUGUUUUGGAUGUUCUACUUAUUUUUUAUAGAUUUUUUUUACACCAACAAGGACAUACUCUGUAAUAACUGUUUCAGAUGUGAAUUUUUUAAAUGAAGACUGAAAUGUAAAUGUGAUGGAAAAAUAAAGAAGCACACACUUGAAUGUUA